AUGGCUGGUCGAGGCAUCAAAGACGGGCCAAUGGCAUGUUCCAAGUCAUCCAUCCAACUCUAUACCAACGAGCUUAAAAACCACCGUGAUCAAUGCCUCGCACUUCUCCAAGCCCAUGAAGAGAAAACCCCAGAUACAUUUUGGAGCAGGGACGACCAAGAUCCCGUCGAACCUGAAGCGGACUCCGAGAAGUCCCUCAAGCUCGCGACAGAAGUCGUCAUCCAAAAUGGCAAGCAUGUUUUCCCGCCCCCAUACACUCGCCUCAGUGACGAACUCGUCUACUUCGCCACCAAAUUCCUAAAGUCAAAUGUGCGUGGCAGAGAUUACCCGUACGACUUCCAGCCCCGUGGCGAUAUCGAUCCUGAUCGCGUUCCCUCGGGUGUAGGUCCCAUCGUCUGGGCCCAUGGGCUCCCCUUCUUCCCGGUUUACAAAGGAUAUUAUAUCCUCUGUGGAAGGAAGCAUGCAGACUGGAUUGGAUGGAAGCUACACGGGAAGCACCAGACAACGAUGAGGGAAUACCCCAUCUGGACCAUCGGGCCCGUCGUUGCGCCUGGAUCUGCGAUUUCGCUGGAUCGAAGGGCAGAACGUCAGAUGCUCACCCACAAGAUGAAGAGUGCAAAGGAAUGUGAGAAAGGCAUGGAGAAGUCUCCAGUGGCCCGUGACGUCGUUUCUAAUAAGCACUUUGAUGGGUCUGUUGUGCCAAGGGAUAGCAAAGGAGGUUUUAUGAUCACGCCUAUCUACCGUGUGCAGGGCUACUCGACUAAGGUUGGGCCCAACGCAGCGGAUGGGUCUCGAGCAAUGCAGAUGGGGAAGCUGUGGUUUACCAAACAUCGAAUCCAGGAUUUUGAUUGGGAUGCUGUGUCGAAGGUUCACUAUACCAAUGAGCGCAACCCAAUGAUCUAUGGUGAUGACGAACCUGCAGAAGCCGAAGAGGAGGUUGGGGAUGAUGCGGAAGAAGAAGUAGAGAGUGGCAUCGAAACCGAUUUUUCGGGCUUCAUGGACGAGACUGAGGACAACAUCAAGACACCAGCUGAAGACAAUAUGGAAGACGUGGUAGAGGGUGACACUGACAUCACGGAGCCCAUGAAUGAGGCUGAGGACAACAAGAGCAAGGAAAUGGUCGAUAUGGACGGGGAGGUAGAAGGUGACACGGAGAUCACCGAGCUCAUCACGGAUGAAAUCACCGACGAGGUCAUGCAUGAGGAAACUGCUCAAAUCAAGGCACUCGAUAUCACCGAGCCCGAGGAGACCUCCCUGAAUGAAAUGCCCGCUUCUCAGCACCAUGAGAUUGCCAAAGAAGCUACGGAGACUACUAAGAGCCUUAAGAUUGCCAAGCUCAUCAAGACGACUGAAGCCCAGGAAAAGGAUAUACCCCAAUUACCUGAAACGGAUGCCAGCGGUCCUUCCACCUCGCAACGUCAGGAUGACGAUGCCGUCAAGACUACUUCGGGCCACGCACCUCAGAACACCGAAGACACGGCCAUAGACCAGGAGGAUGAUGGCGACACCGGUCCAGAAUCCGAGGAAACGAAAAAUGAAACCGAUCCAGACGCGCAGACCUCAGCUUCAGAGACAGCUAUUACUGACAUGGCCGCUGAAGAGGGAGUUUUGGAGACUAAAUUGACUGAGGAGUGA